CUCAGCCACACCAAAAUGGGACAGGGACCUUCUGCGUAUUUGACGCCUUCAGCUCGGCCAGCAUUUCCUGACACGCAGACCAACCGUAUGUGGGAGGAGUAUUAUCUGUCGUUCACCUACCUUAAGCUUGGCAAUCUGCUCCGUCAGCUGUUUGGUCUGUUCUUCGAUCAUUUCCACCUUCUUGGGCUCUCGGCACGGGACAGGACCGCUGCUGCUGCUGCUGCUGCUGCUGCUGCUGCUGCUGCUGCUCGAGUCGAUGGCCGCCAGCUGAAGGAAGGACAAGUACACACCAGAUGCAUGCGAUAAAGGAAGCAGGCAGGCGGGAGCUCGAGGUUCUGUACUCGAGAGCGGAGCCUGUCCGCGAUGGCCGUCAGUUUAGCGAUCUCUGUGCGGUUGUUGUUGUUGUUGUUGUUGUUGUGUAGUGUCUGCAGAAGGGCUGUCUUGUCCUCCGAGUUGUCCUCGUCCGCCUACAGGCACCCAAACGCAUGCAUUCGCGAGUACGCAUAGAAAUGAAUCCGCAUCCCAUUCAGGAGCAUCACAAAUGGCAGGAGCAUCACAAAUGGCAGUGCCUUGUCGCAUGGCAUGUGCACGCCUCACCAUUGCGG